UGUUCUGUGUAAUAUUAUGUAGCAUUUGUUAUUGUUUUUAUAUAUCGUAAAAAAUAGUUAUCGGUGCGGUUUUACUAUUAAUAUUAAAUUAUACUAUUUCAUUAAAAAUUUUUUUUGUUACAAAAAUGACCUGUAUGGUAUUUAUAAAUUCGAAAGUCAAGUUAUUUAAUGUGGAAAGUAACGAUGGCAAAACAAAUUAUAAAGUUGAUGAAGAUUUUGUGAAGAAGGAUGAUGAUAAGAAACUGGAGGAAGGUAUGCAGGAAUCGACACAUAGAACUCCAACACCAAAAUUAUUAACCCAUACACAUUCCGUGCCUUAUAACGAAAAUUUUGAAGUGAAAUUAGCCGAGAAGGAACGUUUAAGAUGUUUAAACAGAGGUAGUGCUUUCCCAGGCUUGGUAUCAGAUACCAGCGAGAUACAGAAAAUAUUUAAAAGAAGAAAAAAGAAAGGGCACAAUUGGACUAGAAGGAAAGGCGCCAAAUCUGUUCCCAGAUAUAGUAGAUCAACGUCCCGGAAAAGACAAACAUCCUUUUCAACAAUCAGUCCUUUAAGUCACACAUCACUUACAAACUCCCGCCGGGGCAGAUCUAGUACAAGAAGAACAUCUUCUGCCACGUCAUCGACUGUUAGAGAAAGAUUAUCAUCAAGAUGGACAAGGUCUGUGAGUAGGAUACACGAAGAAGAAAACAAAUAUAUGUCUAAUCUUUUGCAUUGCAGUAUUGAGGAGUGUAACAUAGAAUUUGACGACGUAGACAGUAUGAAUGAACAUAAUAUCGAAGAACAUAAAAUAAAGCCGAAUUAUUAUUGUUACGAAUGCAAAGAAGUAUACACAUCGGCGAAACUAUUGAGUUUACACAACGAAGAUCAUUACACCUCUUCUGUUUUUUGUCUCAUGUGCGGUAUAGAACAAAGUAACACCAGAGAACUGCAAAAACAUUUAGACGAACACAUGAUAUAUUCCGUACCUUGCAAAUAUUGUGAUAAAUCGUUUCUUUCGAAAAGUAUCCGGGAAAAACACGUAGAAAACUGUCAUAAGGUACGACGUAAAAGAUUGAUUUUUCGAGAUAAGCUUAUAUUAGAUAAAAUAGAAAAAAAUUAUUAGGGUACAACUUUUUUGGUGAACAAAUUAGUUGUUUUCGAUUAUUACUGUUCAUUUUAAUUAAUAAAAUUUGAAACGUU